GGAGUUCGCGUCACUGUAAACAAACAUGGCUCCGGCGGGGAAGGGAGUCUCGCGGGUCUUGUCCAAAUUAAAGUGCUCGGUGGAGGAGGGGCGCUACUAUGAGGCCCACCAGAUGUACAGGACGCUAUACUUCAGGUAUUGCAGUCAACAGAAGUACGCUGAAGUCCUUGAUCUCUUAUACGAUGGUGCUUCACUCCUCUUAAGACAUGAACAGCAAACCAGUGGAGCGGACUUGGCCCUGUUGAUGCUGGAGGUGCUGGAGAAGUCAAGAACAGAACCCUCGGAGGAGAACAUCACAAGAAUAGCCAGCCUCUUCAGUCUCCUCAGUCAUGGCAGCCCCGAGCGCCAUCAAUACCUCGUGCGUGCCGUCAAGUGGUCAUGUGGGGAGCUACACAAAUUGGGCCACCCGAGACUUCACCAACUCCUCGCCCAAACGCUGUGGAAGGAGAAGAACUACGGGCCCGCACGCUACCAUUACUUGAGGUCAGAGGACGGGGGCGGUUGUGCUCACAUGCUGGUGGAGCUGCACUUGUUGAGAGGCUACCCCUCGGAGAUUGACCUCUUCCUUACCCAGGCGGUCCUCCAGUACCUGUGUCUGCAGAAGAAGGUCGCAGCCUCAGAGGUUUUCGAGACCUACACCAAAAGACAUCCCAACAUCACCAAACAGAGAGGUCCCCCUUUCAUCCUGCCCCUCCUCAACUUCCUCUGGCUCCUCCUCUCCACAAUUGAAAGCGGCAAGGUUGCUUACUUCACCGUUCUGUGCGAGCAAUACCAGCCCAGCCUAAACAGAGAUCCCUCCUACCGAGAGUACCUGGAUCGCAUCGGCCAGCUCUUCUUCAACCUCCCGGCCCCCAAGCCUCAGACUGGGCCGGGCGGAAUAUUUGGUAACCUCCUUCAGGGCCUUCUCGGGGGCGGCCUCGGGGAUGACGACUCCGAGGACGAGGGUCACAUGGGGGCCGCCUCAUCCUCGUCCUCGGCCCAGGCGGCGCCGCUGACCUCCGAGGAGCUGGACUAAUGCAGCUCUGCCAUAGGGUUGUUAAGUGCUUUACCUUUUCUCGGCGGCUGAGUGUGCUCUCGGCCGCCCCUGUACAGAGCAGCCGUCUUUUCUAACAGUCCGGAGGCGAUCCUUAUGCAAUGUACAUUACGACGAGACCUUCCACUAAGGCCUUUUGUAUAGACAUUGCACAGGCUUUCUUGAUUUACAUUAUAUUGACUUUUCCUCUCCUUCUCUUCUAACUAACCUUAUAUUGACAUUUUUCCUUUUCUUUCCUUCUCCUUUUCCUUCCUAACUAACCUUAACAUUAUUAUGAGACCUUCCCUUUUGUAUAGAUAUUGCACAGGCUUUCUUGAUUUAUAUUAUUUUGACUUUUCCCCUCCUCUCCUUCUCCUCUCUUCUAGCUAACCUUUUAUUGACAUUUCUCCUUUUCCUUCCCAACUAACCUCAACAUUAUUAUGAAACCUUCCUCUAAGCCCUUUUGUAUAGAUACUGCACAGGAUUUCUUGAUUUACUGUUCACUGGCUUGUUUUCAUUUCUUUCUUCUUGUUUUCCUUUCCCUUUUCUUGUUUUUCCCUCCCCUCUUUCAGUUUUCCUUUCCCUCUUCUCGUUUUCCUUUCCCUCUUCUUGUUUUCCUUUCCCUAUUCUUGUUUUCCUUUCCCUCUUCUUGUUUUCCUUUCCCUAUUCUUGUUUUCCUUUCCCUCUUCUUGUUUUUCUUUCCCUAUUCUCGUUUUCCUUUCCCUCUUCUUGUUUUUCUUUUCCUCGUCUCGUUUUCCUUUCCCUCUUCUUGUUUUCCUUUCCCUCUUCUUGUUUUCCUUUCCCUCUUCUUGUUUUCCUUUCCCUCUUCUCAUUUUUCCUUCCCCUUUUCUCAUUUUCCUUUCCCUCUUCUUGUUUUCCUUUCCCUCUUCUUGUUUUCCUUUCCCUCUUCUUGUUUUCCUUCCCCUCUUCUUGUUUUCCUUUCCCUCUUCUUGUUUUCCUUUCCCUCUUCUCAUUUUUCCUUCCCCUUUUCUCAUUUUCCUUUCCCUCUUCUUGUUUUCCUUUCCCUCUUCUUGUUUUCCUUUUCCUCGUCUCGUUUUCCUUUCCCUCUUCUUGUUUUCCUUUCCCUCUUUUUGUAUUCCUUUCCCUCUUUUAAUUUUCCUUUCCCCUUUCUCGCUUUUCCUUUUCAUUUUUCUCAGCUAUCAUUAGUCCAAAAACCUUCCUCAAUUGUCAUUCAUAUAAACAUUGCACAGAUUUUUCUUGAUUUGCCUUAUUAACACUUCUUCUUUUCCUUCUUUUUGUCCUUCCAUCUUCAAAGUUUUCUCAUUCAUCUCCUUCUCCUCCUUGUCCUUUCUAACUAAUCUCAAGACCCUUCAGCAACAUUUCAACAGAGACCUUCCACUUAAAGCCUUUUGUAUAGACACUGCUUAAGUUUUCUUCAUUUACUGUAUUGAGACUUUUCAUUUCCUUCCUAUUCCCCUUCUCAUCAUUCCCAACUAACUUUAAAAGCCUUUCACUAACAUCACUUAAGAGACCUUCCACUAAGGCCCUUAAUAUCGACAUUGCACAUUUUAUCUUGAUUUACCAUAUUACGACUUUUCUUCCUCCUCCUCCUUCUCCUCGUCCUUCCUAACUAACCUUAAAAACCUUUCACUAACAUCACCACAGAGACCUUCCACUAAGGCCCUUUAUAUCAACAUUGCACAGGUUAUCUUGAUUUACCAUAUUACGACUUUUCUUCCUCCUCCUCCUUCUCGUCCCUCCUAACUAACCUCGAGAGCUGUCAGUAACAUUCAAACUUCUUGUCUUGUGUGUGUCCUAUGAAAGACUAUUUAAGGCAGUGUUAAGGAGUAUUUAUGCAUGGAUAUCAUCUGUGCUGUCAGUCAGUCGGUCAGUCAGUCAGUCAUGAUAGUCCCACUAGACAGAGAGCACUCAUAUUUAUUAUACUUGCUGCCAAUGAGUUCGUCCCUUCAGGCUCAUCCCUUCCCUGGAGAGGUUAUUGAUUGGUUGAUGUGUGGUAGGAGGUCGUGGGUGAUUGGUUGCCAGUGUUGCGUAGAAAAGACAACCUAAGGAACGGUGAGUGUUGAGAGAUUGAAGUUGGUUGGGUAGGAAUAAUAAAUGAACCAAUGAUGUAUGUUAGGAGGUCGUGGGUGAUUGGUUGCCAGUGUUGCGUAGAAAAGACAACCUAAGGAAUGGUGAAUGUUGAGAGGUUGAAGUUAAUUAGCUGGUCAUUUUGGUUGGGUAGGAAAGAUAACCGAACCAAUGAUGUGUGUUAGGAGGUCGUGGGUGAUUGGUUGCUAGCGUUGGGUUGAGAAGAUAACCUAAGUAUGGGUGAGUGUUGAGAGAUUGAAGUUGGUUGGUUGGUCAUUUUGGUUGGGUAGAAAAGAUGACCUGACUAGUGACAUAUGUAAAGGGGUUGCAAUUAUAGUUCAUCAGCUGAGGUUGUUCGUGUUAGGUAGAAAAGACAACCCAAAAAAUUAUGUGCUUCGAGGUUGCAGUGCAUAAUGACUGAGGCUGCAAUUUUUGACAUCAAACAAAGUAAGAAGGUGAGGGAUGGGGGUGAGGUUCAGGGGACAAGACAGUUAAGAUGGCAGUUCAAAUUGAUGCUCUGAAAUAAGAAUGUGAGGGCUACGGUGAGGUUUAAAGGACAAAUUGACUUGAGUUUUUCCUGCCAGUGCUAAAAUAAGAAGGUAAUGAAUAGGGUGAGGUUCAAGGGAUGAGUUGGAGUUUAAACUGACACUCUGAAAUAAGAAAGUGAAGGUUGGGGUGAGGUUUAAGGGAUGAGUUGGAGUUUAAACUGACACUCUGAAAUAAGAAAGUGAAGGAUUGGGGUGAGGUUUAAGGGAUGAGUUGGAGUUUAAAAUGAUGCUCUGAAAUAAGAAAGUGAAGGUUGGGGUGAGGUUCAAGGGAUGAGUUGGAGUUUAAAAUGACGCUUUGAAAUAAGAAAGUGAGGGAUUGGGGUGAGGUUCAAGGGACGUGCAGUUGGCAGCGACUAUAGUAGAGGUUUCUGAAGUUUGUAAAUAGUCCCGAAGACAGAGAUUAUUUAGACACCCUAGAUUUUGCUACCAAGAUCACUGUUGUAUAGAAGUCACUAGGUUUGUUUUGACAGCCAUAUAUUUAUUGUUCUUUUAAGUUUUUUGUAAGACAUGCCAUCCAUCAAACUACUACUACUACUACUACUACUACCAAACCAAUGCAAGAUAUAAUAACAAACACAAAAACAAACAAAAAAAUUAUAAAACUCCCCUAAUUCCUAAUAUUCCACGCAGGUCAUAAUGUUUGUAAAUUCCUUUUUGGGGGUGUGUGGGACGCGUUUGACUGUUAGUUUGUACGUGCUUUUCGAAUUAGUACUUGUAUCAGGGGAGGAAAAAAGACCUUGAAAAUUGAGGUUACGGCGAACGAUUACCAGAAUUGUGGCGCCCCUGCUGAAGUGAGGGUGUGGAAUGUGUUUGGGGUGUCUGGGGUGCAUGGAGGCAUUGUCUGGUGUUUACAAGGGGGUGUGGGGAGAAGGGAGGAGGUUGAGGGGUGUCUGGGGAGGGAGUGUAAGGGAGUGUGGGAGGCUACAUGUCAACGCAAAAGAUGUGACACAAGAAUGCUCCCUCUUCCUCUUGAUGGACUCCUCCCCAACAGACUCUUCCUGCCACUCCCCUUCCCCAUCACACUUCUUUACCUCCCCUCCCUCAUCAACGCUCCCUCCCAUUUACAUCUUUCACGCCUUUCCUACUAUAUCGAUCUUGAGACAUCACUUGCCUCACAUCGACCAACCAUUGAGGCAUCCUUAGGCAACUUUUCAAACUAAAUUUCAAAGACAUUCUGGCAUUACGGUCAAAUUUUUUACACACAUGUGCCGAGGAAAAGUACAGAAACAGUUAACUUCAAUCGCAAUUUUCUCGUUUUCUUGUGGGUGCCGUAACUUCACUUCAGCAGGGAGAGCCACAUUUAUGAAUCAGGAAAAAAAUGAAGGGAAAAUUGAGAGUACUGUGAGACCUGAUACUUUUUUCCUCUGAUGCAAGUACUUAUGUGAAAGGUGUGUGUAUAAAUUGUUGAACGUACAGUUGGUAAAGAGAGUACCGAACAUCCUUGGGCCGACGGAAUGGAAUCUGAGUGCAAUCUAAGGUGUUGUGUUGGUUAGGUUGGUAUCAGUGGCUUGACUCCAUUAGUACCAACCUUAUCAUCUGCCCUCCUCCACCUCUCCUUUUUCUUCUCUCUCUCUGCUUCCCUUCCCCACUAAUUUCACUUCUCCCUCUCUCCCUCUUCUCCCCUUUUGGCAUUCCCUUCACUUUCCCAUCUCUUCCUCCCUCAGUUUUUCUUUUUCCUUCUUCCUCUUUCUCUUCUUCUUCUCUCUCCAUGCCUAAUCUAACUGUAUGGUCUAUCUUCUCCCAUUCUUGUGGUCUGACUUUCUGUGAUCCUUCUCUAUCUUUCUCGGUCCAGUAUUAAACCUUCCUAUAUUUCAAACACUUCCAUAUCUUGUUGCACUGUUCCUCAUCUUCUGGUAGGGUUUUUUGUUGCUGUUGUUGUUAUUUUGCCCUUGAGCUGUGUCCCUUACUGUAAAAACUAUCUUACAUACCCCCCAAAAUUAACUAUCACAACAUGUCUAAAGAUUCAUUUCAGAUUCUAUUCAGUCGAGUCAAGGGUGCUAAAUACUUUUUUUGCCGACUGUGCGUAACUCGUGUGUGAUUUAUCGGUCCGAAAACGUUUGUGGAAAUGGGAUGUUGAUAUUUUUCCUCUUUUUGUAUCUUGUAAAUGUUUCUAUCCUAGGUAAGGCGACAAAAAGUAAAACAUAUCUGCGUUAUGUUGUGAAUCGGCUGUACAUACUGUAUACUAAAUAAUGCAAACUGAUACUGGUG